CAUCAAAGCUGCAAGAUGCAAUCAUUAGCCAGAGAAGCUUUCGGACAUUCUUGAUUCUUACGAAUUGAAGUGCGUACUGCAUUCAUCCUUCUGACCACCACAUCUCACAUUUAUUAAAUCAAAGAUGGAGUCACAAGCAUCUGCUCCAAAGUCAAUUCGAUCUUUGGUCAACUUUUUACGCAGUUCAAAUGGACCAAAGACAAAAGUUGGACUUUUGAACGGAAAGAGACAUGAUUAUUUCAAAGGAUCAGGUGCUGUAAAAGCACUUUUAUCGCCUGCAUAUCAAAAAGCUUCAAAUGCAAAGAAUUCCGAGUUACCAAAAGUUGAAACAGAACAACAGGCUGCUGAGGUUUUGCAUAGCGUGAUCCCGUUCACCUUUUUCUUGCGUUGUGAUCGGGCUGAUGUCAGCUCAAAGGAAGGCAGACCGUUGCAGAUCAAUCAAAUGCAGAUGUUCAAACCGGAAUUGUACUACGCAUGGUUCUAUGAAGGUUCACAAUUGAUGCUGCAGCUAUCAGGUUUCGGUAUGAUCUUACUGAUGUUGGCAGGUGUCAUGUUCCCUCUAUGGCCGACAAAGAUGCGUGUUGGUGUAUGGUAUUUGAGUAUCGGAAUGUUGGGAUUGAUUGGUGCCUUUUUCGGUUUGGCAAUCAUUCGAUUGAUCCUAUGGGCAAUUACUUCUGUCACUGUUCGACCAGGUAUUUGGAUCUUCCCAAACUUGUUCGAAGAUGUUGGAUUUGUUGAUUCCUUCAUUCCAUUAUGGGCUUGGGAUGUACCUCCACCAAAGAAGAAAACCAAAAAGCUGCCUCGUGCUGCUGCAGAGACCAAACCAACAACUCCCAAAAAGGCAUCUACCCCAGAACAAAAAUUACCGGAACAAGCCAAUGCCUCUGAGCCAUCACGGCAGUCGGAUAACUUGUCCGGUCUAGACUAG